CCGUGCCACAGCAGGGCUGACCACGGCUUGGGAAGCUCCCUCCUGUCCGAAAGGAAAAGUGGGACUGGAGCAGUGACGUGAUCCUCUCUGUGCUGGAAAGAGAGAGGAAGAGGGAGGGAGGAAGAGAGGACGGCUGGACUCCAUUAAAACCAAGCCUGCGAGGAAAACUGCUCGGGAUUUCUCCGCUUCUUCGGCGAGUUGCUCUCUAUUUUUACACCGCAACCUAAAAAAACCCCCAACAUAUUUCCUACAUGCGGUAACCUAUUUUUUUUUUUUAAUCGCGUCGAACGUUUAAGUGGAUCUUGUUGGUGCCUUUUGUGAAGGAUGGCGCUGGAUGGGAUACGGAUGCCCGACGGCUGCUACGCCGACGGGACGUGGGAGCUGAAGAUGCACGUUACCGACCUCCACAGAGACGUGUCGCUCAGAGUCACUGGGGAGAUCCACAUAGGCGGAGUCAUGCUCAAGCUGGUUGAGAAACUAGAUGUAAAGAAGGACUGGUCGGACCACGCUCUCUGGUGGGAAAAGAAGAAGACAUGGCUGCUGAAAACCCACUGGACACUGGACAAGUACGGCAUCCAGGCCGACGCCCGCCUCCUCUUCACGCCACAGCACAAGCUCCUGCGCCUUCAGCUGCCCAACAUGAAGCACAUGAAAGUCAAGGUCAACUUCUCCGACCGUGUCUUCAAGGCCGUCUCCGACAUCUGCAAGACGUUCAAUAUUCGCCAUCCAGAGGAGUCAUCUUUACUGCGCAAACCACGCGAUCCCAAAAAGAAGAAGAAAAAGAUAGAGGAGGCGGAGGAGGACGAUCUGGAGCUACAAGGUCCACUGUUAACCCCUGGAUCGGCAUCUGAGAUCAUAUACAUCGGACCUGUCAAAGGGAGCAUCUACUCCAGCCCGGGAUUGUACAGCAAGACAAUGACGCCCACGUAUGACUCCAGGGACGGAAGCCCGCUGUCGCCCACGUCCGCCUGGUUUGGAGACAGCCCGCUCUCAGAGGGCAAUCCCGGUAUCCUCGCCGUCAGCCAGCCCAUCUCCUCCCCAGACAUCCUGGUCAAACUCUACAAGUCCCAGUCCUUGCUGGACAAAGCCAAGAUCAACCAAGGGUGGUUGGACUCCUCCAGAUCUCUGAUGGAGCAGGAUGUGAAGGAGAAUGAGGUGUUGCUGCUUAGGUUUAAAUACCACAGUUUCUUUGACCUCAACCCAAAGUAUGAUGCCAUCAGGGUAAACCAGCUCUACGAACAGGCCAAGUGGGCCAUCCUGCUGGAGGAGAUCGAGUGCACGGAGGAAGAAAUGAUGAUGUUCGCCGCCUUGCAGUACCACAUCAACAAGCUGUCCAUCAUGUCAUCAGACAACCACAUGAACAACAGUGAGAAGGAGGUGGACGAGGUGGACGCUGCCCUCUCGGACCUGGAGAUCACCUUGGAAGGAGGCAAGACGUCCAACGCGCUGGGUGACAUCACGUCCAUUCCGGAGCUGGCAGACUACGUCAAAGUCUUCAAACCCAAGAAGCUAACCCUGAAGGGCUACAAGCAGUAUUGGUGCACGUUUAAAGACAUCACCAUUUCCUGUUUCAAGAGUAAAGAGGAAUCACACGGGACGCCCGCUCACCAGAUGAAUCUUAGAGGCUGCGAGGUGACCCCGGAUGUUAACAUAUCAGGUCAGAAAUUCAACAUCAAGCUGUUAAUCCCGGUGGCCGACGGCAUGAAUGAGAUCUGGCUGCGGUGCGACACGGAGAAGCAGUACGCCCACUGGAUGGCGGCGUGUCGCUUAGCCUCCAAGGGGAAGACCAUGGCGGACAGCUCCUACAACCUGGAAGUGCAGAACAUCCUCUCCUUCCUCAAGAUGCAGCACAUGAACCCCGACCCUCAGUUCAUCGAGCCUAUCACUACGGACAUCAACCCCGAGUGUUUGGUGUCCCCGCGAUAUUUGAAGAAGUACAAGAACAAGCAGCAAGGCUUUAUCAGGGAUGUGAUCUCAGCCCGCAUCCUCGAAGCCCACCAGAACGUGGCCCAGAUGAGUCUCAUUGAGGCCAAGAUGCGCUUCAUCCAGGCCUGGCAGUCCUUGCCCGAGUUUGGAAUCACUCACUUCCUGGCCAAGUUCCAGGGCGGGAAGCGUGAGGAGCUGAUCGGCAUCACCUACAACCGCUUGAUCCGCAUGGACGCCAACACCGGAGACGCCAUCAAGACCUGGCGCUUCAGCAACAUGAAGCAGUGGAACGUCAACUGGGAGAUCAAGAUGGUGACGGUGGAGUUUGCGGACGAGCCCAGCCUGUCGUUCAUCUGCGCCGAGGUGGACUGCAAAGUGGUGCACGAGUUCAUCGGAGGUUACAUCUUCCUGUCCACGCGGGCCAAGGACCAGAACGAGACGCUAGACGAGGAGAUGUUCUAUAAGCUGACCAGCGGCUGGGUGUGAUGACGAGGUGCUGCGGGUCUCCUCCGUCUUUUGUCUUUUCAAGUCCACAGCAGCUUUUCCUCACAUUUACUUGUUCCAAACACUAAAAGCCUCCAUGCUCCGAUUCAGCCGCCUCAUAAGCACUUCGACCGUAACGUCUUCUUGUGACCUUUUAAUCGGAGGACAGACUCCCAGCACGUGACCUCAGCGGCCUCCGUGGAGUCCGGGUACGUUUAACUUCUUCACAAUCUUCCCAAGCAGGAUGAAGAUUUACUAUGUUGGGGGGUUUUUUUGGCUUUAAUUUGACGUUCAACCUUAUUUCGGAGGACUAUUUUGAAUUUGCGCUUCGUUGCAUGCAUUGGUUAAAAAGUCAAUAUUCUCAAAUUAUCCGUUAGUUUUUUUGCCAGCCUGUCUCUCACACCAAAUAGUAUUAUUAUUAUUAUUGUUAUUGUUAUUACUACACACCAGCAAAAGACCACAAGAGAAUGAAGAAUGAAUUAUGCAAGCUUUUUCCCUCAUUAUGAAGGAGCAGUAAAUGAAGUAUUAUUAUUUUUUGUAACUAAUGUAAAAACACAGGUUUUAUAGAAUUGUACAGUCUUUCUUGAUUGUGGGGGUCAAACAUCUUUGUUUUUCUUCAUCCUAUCAGAGUUUAAGAGGAAAUCGACAUGUUGAAGAUGGAUGAAGAUAGUUAUAAAUAUAAGAUAUUAGUAACUUCAAGCUUGACGUAAAUAUAUAUACUUUUGCCUCUUUCCUGCCAUUUAUUUGCCUUUUUAACAAACGUCACCUUUUUUGUCAGCUUGUGUCACAUCUGAAAUGUUUUAUUGUUAUAAUUAUUAUUAUUAGUUAUGAAGGAGAUACAGUACUACAGACUCUAAAGGUUGGAGUCCAAAUCACGAAAAAAAAAAAAGAAGGAAAAAACAAUCAAGAAAGUAAAUUAAAACACCUUUUGCUUGUGUUUACUUUUCUUUUUUUUCCCUCCCACAUUUGUUUUAUUUGCCUAUUCCUGGUGUCAGGAGCGGCAGUGCAUGUCCUGUUGCUCUGUUGUUGUUGUUUUUGACUGUAAAAAUGCAUUUAUUUUAAAAAAAAUAAAGUAAUUUUUAUUUACA